AUGAUGUCCGUUCAAACCCCUCCGCUCUCCCGCUCCGGCUCCUCCCCUUCCAACGUGGGUCUGGCCAAUCGUUCGUCGUACAACCAGUUGCACGGGCGUGAUGUCAUCAAGGAGUCCAUGGAGACCGGAAGUUCGUCCACUCUGCCGAAGAGCCGCCAGAGGUACGCCAUGACCAGCGUGCGGAGCGCCAUGGGGAUCAGCGACAACUUGUCGUCUAAAAACCAACCCGUGACCAGAGGGAGGGGCCUGCCCACCAAGUCCUCCUCCAGCUCGGCCCUCUAUUCCUCCUCUUCCUCCUCCUCGCUGUUUAAUGCAACCAACCCCAAGCUGGCCAAGAACGGAGCCAACAUGCAGCGACGAGCUGAGAGCCAGCAGCUGGAACUCAGCAGGGCGACUACCGAGGGCAAAAUACACAACGAUCUCAUUAAUAACCCGACUUCUGAUUGGCUAGAAUUGGGGAAAGAGAACUCACAGCAGUCAUCGAUCCGUAGACGCACCAAGAGCUUCUUGGAGUACCAUGGGAAGGGCUUGGAUCUAGACUUCAACUGGGGAAACAAGGAGGAGAAGAAGGAGGAAAAGGAGGAGGAGAAGGAGGAGGAGAAGAAGCAACAGCCUUCUCCAGAGAAGGAGCAGGUUAGUCCUGCCAAAGAGAGGGAGAGUCAGAAGGAGGAGAAGCCGAGCAGCAAGCAGACCUGCCCGGAAGAGAGGGAAGAAGUGGAGCCAGUGGUGGAGGAGGAGGAGGAGGAAGAGGAGUAUGACCCCACACCUACCAUAAGACUGCCCCUGCUACCAGUGGUGGUGGAGGCCCCUCUUUCCUCCACCUCCUCCUCUUCCACCAGCAGCCCAGAGUGGAUCCCAGACAACCUCCACCCGCUCCAGAACCAGACCCCAGUCCAGGUCAGAGGGGAGCUCUGUGGUCAGGUUCAGACUGUCGCACGCAGUCCUGCUAAACCCCCCCGCAGCACCCAGCCCCGGGUGAUUAAGGUGGAACUACACCCCAACAAUGAGAACCAGUUCCUGCAGCAGUACCCACCCUCCUCCCCUAAACAGGCCCGAGCUGCAGAGAGGAGCCCCCCCGCCAGGAGCCGAGCGCCCCCUCCUCUGCCGGAUCCUGGACAUGAGACUGGGCUCCCCAAGGUGGGCUUGAGAAUGGACCUGACUCCUGAAACUCCUUCAGGGGAUGAAGACUCCAGCUGGACCACCCUGUCCCACGAGACGCCGUCUCCUCAGACUCCCAAGGAGACAGCAGAUGUAUGGAGCGACGGCGACCUGCCUCCAGGCUGGCGGGAGAUCUCGGACUCAUCAGAGGUCUAUUUCUGGCACAUCCCCACCGGCACCACGCAGUACCACCGACCCGUUGCCUCUGGCAACCAACAUACCUCUCCUGACAACGAGCCUGACACUGAGCGCGACCCACAACAGGAGUCACAGGACUCUCUCAAGCCCCCCAUCGAGCGCCCCAGCAGUCUGAUAUCUGACAGCUCGGUGGAGCCCGUCCCCUCCCCCUCCGGCUCCUGCCCCUCCUCCUCCUCCUCCACCCCCUCAGAUGAUGUCACCUCUUCCGGACCGAUUCUCAACGCCGCCACCUGCACAGCCAAAGAGCUGAAGGACUAUCCAGUCUAUCCAGAUCCCAGUCUGAAGGCGUUCGAGGGAGCCACCCUCCGCUAUGCUUCACUUAACCUCAACCCUCCAGCCCAAUUAGAGACGGUGGACCUCAACAAUACUUUCCCCAAUGAAGAGGCAUUGUCGUUUCCAGUGCGAUCCCUGGGCUGGUUGGAGAUGGCUGAGCAGGACCUGUCUGAGGGCAGAAGCAGUUUGGCCGUGCACCACUGUAUCCGGCAGCUGUCCUACUGCAGGAGGGACAUCCGGGACUCAGCCGGGGUCUGGGGAGAGGGUAAAGGGAUGCUGCUGGUGCUCCAGGACCGCAUGUUGACCCUGGUGGACCCAGACGAUCACAGUCUGCUUCACUCUCAGCCAAUCAGCAGCAUCCGCGUGUGGGGCGUCGGCCGCGACCACGACAGAGAAAGGGACUUUGCCUACGUGGCGAGAGACAAGAACACGCGGGUGCUGAAGUGCCACGUGUUCCGAUGUGAUACUCCUGCCGCAGCCAUCGCCACAAGUCUCCACGAAAUCUGCUCCAAGAUUAUGGCUGAAAGGAAAAGUGCCAAGGCUGCAGCGGGCAGCUCCUCCCAAACCAGCACUGAUGUGCCCCUACAAGAGUUUCCUUUGCCAAAGACCGAGUUGGUACAGAAGUUCCAUGUUCUGUAUCUGGGUAUGACAUCUGUGUCUCGACCCAUAGGUAUGGACAUCAUCAACGGGGCCAUCGAGGGCCUCCUGUCGUCCUCAGGCAAAGACGACUGGACUCCUGUCAUACUGAGCAUCGCUGACACCACUGUGGCUGUGAUCAAAGAGAAGGAGGAGGACGAGGAGGUGGUGAUGGAGUGUCGCGUCCGGUUCCUGUCCUUCAUGGGCGUGGGGCGGGACGUGCACACGUUUGCCUUCAUCAUGGACACGGGGAGCCAGCACUUCCAGUGUCACAUUUUUUGGUGCGACCCCAACGCAGGCUUUGUGUCUGAGGCCGUGCAGGCAGCAUGUGUGCUGCGGUAUCAGAAGUGUCUGGUGGCACGGCCGCCCUCCCAACGCGCCGGCUCCUCCUCCUCGCCCUCCGCAGAUUCCGUGUCCCGGCGGGUUUCCACCAGCGUGAAACGCGGCGUCCAGUCUCUCAUAGACACUCUGAAAACCAAGAAACAGCCGUCAGAACUCCCCUAG